UGUACAUCAAUGGACCCUAAAGAUUUCGAGGUUACCUCUCCUCCUACUGAUGGAAUUUCAUGCCUUAGUUUCUCUUCACAAGCAGACUUUUUGUCUGUAGGCUCUUGGGAUAAUGAGGUUCGCAUAUAUGAAGUCCAACCUUCCGGAAAUACAGUUCCCAAAGCAUCCUAUAGUCACCAAGGUCCAGUGUUGGAUUUAGCAUGGAGCAAAGAUGGCACCAAGGUUGUUUCUGCUGGUGCAGACAAAGCUGGAAGAAUGUACGAUAUAACUACCGGACAACCUACCCAGAUUGCACAGCACGAUGAGCCUAUUAAAUGUGUUCGAUUUCUCGAUCAACCCCAACAACAGAUAGUAGCCACAGGAAGCUGGGAUAAAACGAUCAAAUAUUGGGAUUUACGCUCACCACAACCAAUUGGGUCCGUUGCACUGCCUGAGAGAUGUUAUUCUAUGGACGUGAAAGGAACAUUGUUAGUAGCUGGAUGUGCUGAGAAGCACGUUCCUGUUAUUGAUCUCAACAAUCCAACUGUUAUUUUUAAGCAAAAUGUAUCUCCUCUCAAAUGGCAAACAAGAUGUGUUUCCUGCUUUACUACUGGAAAGGGCUAUGCUAUUGGUUCUAUUGAGGGUCGAUUGGGUAUCCAGUAUAUUGAAGACAGAGAACAAAGCAAAAACUUUUCAUUCAAGUGUCAUCGAGAUGAGCAAAAGAAUGUAUUUGCUGUGAAUUCCGUCAAUUUCCACCCAAUACACGGUACAUUCUCCACUGCUGGUUCAGACGGCACAGUCAGUUUCUGGGACAAGGAUUCCAAGCAACGUAUAAAGUUGUUUAACAAGGUCAAUGGUACCGUUUCUGCUACUGCAUUUAAUCACAACGGAACAAUCUUCGCAUAUGCAGUCAGUUACGACUGGUCAAAGGGUUACAAAUUCGCUCUCCCUACAAACACCAACAAGGUGUUUUUACAUGCUGUAAGAGAGGAAGAUGUGAAGCCUCGUGCUACAAAGAAACGAUAAGGAGGUCGCCGUCAUACCAUAUUUCUCACAUCACAUAGUAAGAGAUUGGAUGGUUCUUUCUUUUGUUUGGGAGAGCUAGUAAAAAAAAACAUUUUCAUAAAGGUGGAUUCAUUUUUUUCUCUGUAGACAACUAAAUUGCAAACCUCCAAGUCAAUAUCUACUUAUAUUCUUAUUAUUUUAUGUUAUCCACCUUAUCCUAUUAUAUAUUAUCAUUUGCUCUCAAUUUAUCACACACAAAAUAAAAGAAGAGAAAGAAACAUACAUACGUAC